AUGUGUUUAGAGGCUCAUACAUCAUGCCUAAUGGCCGGGAGGAAACUUGGGGGAAGAGGAAGAAGAAAGUUUCUCAUCGUAAAUGGAAACGGUUUUGGAAUUAUGAAGGAGGGUCGUCUUCUUCUUCCGGCUCGUGGGUUCCGUGUGUGUCCAGACCGACCCGUGAAAUCCCGAGACCCGAGACCCAAGAUCAGGACUUGGAGAUCCGAGGUCCAGGACCCAAGACCCAGAAAAAUCCCUGGGCCCGAGACCAAAGGCCGAGAUCCGCGAUCCGAGACCCCAAACCCGAAAUUCAAGACCCCAGAGAAGAGACAGAAGACCAGAACCCGAGUCCCGAGAUCCAAACCCCAAAACCAGGCCCAAGCCCAAAAAAACAAAGACCCAAGACCCAAAUCCCAACACCCAAGACCAAAGACCCAAAACCCAAGGCCCCCAAACUUUCAAGACCCCAAAAAUCCAAGACCCCAGACCAAAGAUCCAAACCCCAAAACCAAGCCCAAGCCCAAAAAAUCACAGACACAAAAUCCGACUAAAGAUCCAAAUCCCAACAAGACCAAAUACCCAAAACCCAAGACCAAAAGAUCCAAAACCCAAAAACUAAAGACCCAGAACCCCAAACCCAAGGCCCUUGAAUCGAAAUCCAACAAGACCCUUGACUCAAGCCCAAACCCCGAAGAUCCUAGACCUAAGACCCAACCCCCGAGCCUCAAGCAAAGGGGAUACGCUGGUGUCGCCUCUGUCGCGUUGGGGAAAGGACGCUGUCGAGGCGGUAUUGACCGUAAGGUGCGGGGUCACAUCUCCCUUUAUCUGCCUUUGAUGUGCCUUUAG